AUGGUGGCGGUGGCUGGAGCCAAGCCCCACCCCCCCCGCGACCUCUUCGUGAACGUGGGCCUGGUGGUCAUUUGGGGCGUCACCCUGGGGGUCGUGGGCCCGCGGGACGCCACAGCAGCGAUGGUCGUGCCGGGAGAGCGGGCAGGGAGAGGCCGGGGGCACGCGCGUUCUGGCCACGGAAGAGAGCAGGCGUACGUUGUGUACUACGCCCACGAUGAUGGUGGCUACUUCGAAGACUACGGCGACUACGACGAGGGAUACUUCUACGACGACGACUACCACGACGCCGGGUACGCACACUACGCCGGCGGUGGGGACAGCUACAGCUACUCUCCGGGAGCCAGCAACAGUUUUACCAACAGCAGCCUGCACAUGUACGACCUGUAAGAGAUCCCCGCCAGUAGGAAGUAUGUCGUUGUAGGUGGUGGUCGACUGCUCGAAGUGCAAGCUAUCGGUAGCAUCAAUCUUAGUUGCUUUCAGGAGGAUGAGAAUGGUGAAAAAACGACGAUGUGUGUGAAGCUCAUUGACGUGUCUGUAGUAGAGAGCCUGAGCUUCAACUUGUUUUCAACGCAUGCUGUUUCACUGAAGCAACAAAUCCUCCACGACGAGCGUCGUGUAACCCUACAAAAUGGACUGUUCUUUGCUAGAGAGGAAAAAGCGUCUGCAGCGUUUGCCAUGCGGUUGCCGUACGACCCAUCUGCGACUAUAGUAGACUCUGCUGCUUUGCCCGCAUUCGUGACUGCCCCCGAUUCC